GCUGCGCCGCCUGCCUCGUCUCGCCUCCCCUCCCGGCCCUGCUGCAUUGUGGUCCGGCCGGGCCGGCGGCGGCAGCGGGACCGCAAAGGCAAGCGAAGAUGGCUGAGAAGCAGCCGCAGAAGCACGACGGGCGAGUGAAGAUCGGCCACUACGUGCUGGGGGACACGCUGGGGGUCGGCACCUUCGGCAAAGUCAAGAUUGGAGAACACCAGCUUACAAGACACAAAGUAGCAGUCAAAAUUUUAAAUAGGCAAAAAAUUCGCAGUUUGGAUGUGGUUGGGAAGAUCAAACGAGAAAUCCAAAACCUAAAACUUUUCCGGCACCCCCAUAUUAUCAAACUGUACCAGGUCAUCAGCACACCAACAGAUUUUUUCAUGGUAAUGGAAUAUGUGUCUGGUGGGGAAUUGUUUGAUUACAUCUGUAAACAUGGACGUGUUGAAGAGGCUGAAGCUAGGCGUCUUUUUCAGCAAAUUCUGUCAGCUGUAGAUUACUGCCAUCGGCAUAUGGUGGUUCACAGAGACCUGAAACCAGAGAAUGUGUUGCUAGAUGCAAACAUGAAUGCCAAGAUAGCUGAUUUUGGACUGUCUAACAUGAUGUCAGAUGGUGAAUUCCUGCGAACCAGCUGUGGCUCACCCAACUACGCAGCACCGGAAGUCAUCUCUGGAAGAUUGUAUGCUGGUCCAGAGGUUGAUAUCUGGAGCUGUGGUGUUAUUCUCUAUGCUCUUCUCUGUGGAACCCUUCCUUUUGAUGAUGAGCAUGUCCCAACCCUCUUUAAAAAAAUCCGUGGAGGUGUCUUCUAUAUUCCUGAAUAUCUCAACCGUUCAGUUGCCACUCUACUCAUGCACAUGCUGCAGGUUGAUCCACUCAAACGAGCAACCAUCAAAGACAUACGAGAACACGAGUGGUUCAAACAAGAACUGCCCAGUUACUUGUUUCCAGAGGAUCCUUCUUAUGAUGCCAAUGUCAUUGAUGAUGAUGCCGUGCGGGAAGUUUGUGAAAAAUUUGAGUGCACUGAGUCAGAGGUGAUGACCAGCUUGUACAGUGGGGACCCUCAAGACCAGCUUGCUGUUGCUUAUCACCUUAUUAUUGAUAACCGGAGAAUCAUGAACCAAGCCAGUGAGUUCUACCUUGCUUCCAGCCCUCCUACUGGCUCUUUUAUGGAUGACACUAUGCACAUCCCCCCAGGGGUGAAACCUCACCCAGAGCGGAUGCCGCCUCUCGUAGCCGAUAGUCCCAAAGGAAAGUGUCCAUUGGAUGCACUGAAUACUACUAAGCCAAAACCGUUGACUGUGAAAAAAGCCAAGUGGCAUUUAGGAAUAAGGAGUCAAAGCAAGCCUUAUGACAUCAUGGCUGAAGUCUACCGUGCUAUGAAACAGCUCGAUUUUGAAUGGAAGGUUGUGAAUGCCUAUCAUCUUAGAGUCCGUAGAAAGAAUCCAGUGACGGGAAAUUACGUGAAAAUGAGUUUGCAGCUUUAUCAGGUUGACAAUCGCAGCUAUCUGUUGGACUUUAAAAGCAUUGAUGAUGAUGUCAUGGAGCAAAGAUCAGGCUCUUCUACACCUCAGCGCUCGUGCUCUGCAGCUCGCUUGCACAGACCAAGACUGAGUCUUGACUCUGCCACUGUUGAUUGCCAGUCACUCCCUGGGUCUCUCACAGGCUCCUUGACUGGGAGCAUGUCUUCUAUUAUGCCACGUCUCGGUAGCCACACCAUGGAUUUCUUUGAAAUGUGUGCCAGUCUCAUCAUGGCUCUUGCUCGUUGACAGGUAUUGUUAAGAAGCUUGUUUUCUUCGGGCUGGCUUGGGCCUCUGCAAAAUUUGGAAAAAAGGAUAAUUUGGGCAUGGGCAGCAAGGAAAAACUAAUUCUGAAAGUAGACAUAAUCAAAUUCUGCACCCAGAAUACAUUAGAUAGAUUUAGGGGAGUAGGCAAAUGUAUUCAAUUUAUUUAAUCCUAAUUGCAGAAUUUGCUUUAUGUUUUGCAAGGAAUUUGGAAUAGCUGUGUUAGAUCACAAGCAUGGUAGAAGUGGGUACAUGAGCAUACUUGAAGUGGCAGAGAAGUGGAGGGAGUAGUAGAAAGCAGUGAGGAGGACAGUGGGCAUGUUAUUCAACAGCUGAUAGUUACCCGAUCUUAUUGCUUGUCACUGUAAGGUUCAAUUUGUAGGAAACAGGAACAUCUGCCCCAAAUCUGAAAAUAUCUGCAGUCACAGAAUCCACAGUGCCCCUGCCAUUGUAAACAUAUGUGUGCAAUAAUGUUCCUGAUGACUUGAUUAUUCCUUCAAAGGAUUCAGAACAGUGAUUUGAGAAAAUGAAGAUGAUAUAAUACUUGUAGGGUUGAUUUGCACUUUAUACAUGUGGAAGAAAUUUUCACAUCUUUUCUUCUUCCACUCCUUGUAACAUGCAAAAUCACCUUUAUAGAAGGACCAUAGCUCAAUGAGAAGAGAAUUUUUAAUGUUUGCAAUCCCACAUAUCAAAUAUUGACAUAUUAAGUCUCAGCAUAUCUGGUUAGGAAGCCUUUGGUGAAAGGCCUCUGGCCAAGCUGCAAUGUAACUUAUUUUCCCCUGUAGAAGUGCUUUUUGAAUGUUCACAGUGAACAGAAAUUCGUUGCUCUACUCAUGGAUUCAUGCGAAUGAACUGUUGCAAUCUGUAAGUGUAUUCCUUCAUUUAAACACACUCCAGUUAGGUAACAUGCCACAUCAGAAAAGGACCAGCAAGAGACCUAAGACAGGGGAGAGCGGGAUUCAAAUCCUGCUAACCGUUACGAUCAAUAGCAGUGGCCUGACUCAUCAUAAGAAGCUCUAUUAUAUUUUUGUUACAUUAUAGUGAAAUUAGAGAAAGAACCAACUUUUAAUAGUAAGGAACAGUGCAGACAUUUAUUCUUCCAAAGUAUACAUAAGUUGAUCAAUAACAACCCUUUCUUUAGUUCUGUGCACUAAGAAUUUUACCUACUGCUGGGGUGUAUGCUCUACAUCUGUCUCACCCUCAUAGAGAGAUGCAGAUCAGGGCUGGCUAACCUGAUGCCCUGCAGAUGUUGUUAGACUCCAACUCCCAUCAGCCCUAGUCACCAUGAUCACAAAUUAUGGGAAUUGUUUUCUUACAACAGGUGGAGGGCUACAGGUUAGGCACCCCUGUUCUAGAUCCUCAAAAGGAUUUUGAGAUAGGUCAGUAUGUAGAGCAUAAGGCUGUAAUUAUACAGCAGCAACAUUGACUAUACAUAGAUGCUACUAGGACACAUCAGUCUUUUCUAUAAUACUUGUGCUUGCAGUGCAUGGACAAGGCCUAUCUCACCUUCUUUACUCUCCCCUCUUUCUGAAUAGGUAGUGAGCCUCUCCCUCUAGUAAUCUUACAAUCACUAGAAAACGGGUAGCACUUGAAUGCUGAACACGCUUUUUGUGACAUGAAGGUAGCACAGGGUUACCACCUCAUUUUGUAAACAUCCCACAGCAACAUUUUCACAGGUUUAAUUAAAGUUUUGCAUUAGGGAGUUUCUCUUCCCUCCAAAGGAAUUUUUUUCUCUGCAGCCUUUCAUAACCAUUUUGUCCUCACUGCUGUUCACUGUUCUGGGCUUGUUAAGCUCAGACCACCUACUAUAUCUCAUAAGCAAUACUCAUAGUCUACUCUUAAUCAUGUUAUUAGCCUUCCAUCAAUCAUUGCAGGCCCUGCUUUGUACCAGAUAUAUCAAAGUGCAAAUCUUGUAUAUUUAAAUGAGGAACAAUUAUUAACUCCGUGGCAGCUGCAGAACAGAUCAAGAUUGCUGUAGCCAUCUAUGUAAAAUGCAUACCAGUAGGAUGGGGGAUAACAAUUAUAUCUUUCUUCAGCAGUGAAGUCUUUUGAUAACACUUUUGUUCACCAGCACAAAGCAAGAUAAUUAUGGAGAAUAUUCAGUGAUGUAACAGGGAAGAAGGUAGUGGAAAAAAUAGGAGUACUAAUAGAAAUGAUCAAGUGAAAAAAUCUGGCAAGCAAGACAAAUGUACCUCUGCUCAGGAGUGAGCCCAUUUUUUCUCUCCUGUGGCUUCAUUCUCCUACUGCCAUACUGACUUGGUUCUGAUUCCAACAUGGAUUUUUAUCAGUACAGCCACAACUCUUCAGAUAGGCUUGGGGUGGGUACAAAGAACAUUUUCUCUUUUUUAAGCACUCAGCAUAUUUUUCCAUUAAAAAUGUUUAAUCUGUGACCUUAAAAAACUAAAACCAAAAUAGUUUAGAAAAAACUCAGGAAACAAGAGGAAGGUGAAUUUGAGCAGUCAGUGCUGAGGAAGAAGCACUUGCUCCUAGGCUCUAUUCUUUUUUGAAAUGUAUUCAUCUCUCCUAAGGGGGUGACUGAGAAUCCAAAGUAGGCUCACCCCCUUCCCCAUGGUACGUUCUUCAUUUAUCUUGGACCUGGAUCAGACUGCUGGGUUCAACAAGAGCUGAACAUCACUAAGAGAAAUGAGUGUUUCCCAGUCUGGUCCUCUUCUCUCUGCAAUUGGAUUAUCAUCUAUCUCUUUUAAUCUUUGAUCCAUCAUUAUGUUGCUUCUUCUUCAUUCACCUUGUUGCUUCCAACCAUCUAGAGACCUCUCGUCAUUUGCUAAAAAUAAGAUAUGCACCUCAUUGUUUUUAUAGCUCUUCCAUCACCUUUUUCGCUAUCCCCACUUCGGUUACAUUAUAAACACAUUGGCUUCUGCUUUCCUUCUUCCUAAAGACCCAGUAAUAUUUUAUAGAGCCAAAGCUAGUUGCAACAAGGAGCUGCAGUAGGACCAGUUGUGUGUCUUGAAUGUUUUCUAACAGUGUGCAAUGUGUAUUCUUUGGUAGGGCAGUUGUGAUAAUUGCUGCAGAAUAUUGCAGUGCAUCUGUCAUGCUGUUCCAUUAUCUGGGUGUCAUCUCAUGAUGCGUUUUCUUCAUGAAUGGCUUAAUGCUGGGCCUGGAGUAUUCCUUAUAGUGGUAAAUAUAAAAUCUUGGAAUUGAGGUGGCCUGUGCCAUUUCAUUUGGCAAGCAUAAGUCCACCUAACUUCAACAAUCACAGUUAUUCAAGGUCAUUUUAUCUAAACUGAAUGAGAAAUUCUAAUACAAAGGAGGCUGCACCUCAAAAUAUAUUUUUAAAAGGCAGUCUUGGCAGAGUCAUCUGGUUUUAGUAUAUGAUACCAGUGCCCCUGAGGUCUAAGGAGUUUGUGUGAGCUUUGCAUUUCAAUUCAAAUUAUCUUCCUUGAGACAGAUAACACUGGCCAUUUUUUCCUUCCACAGGACAGCAGCCAAAUUUACCUUUCUAGUGUAAGAACAGAUAGAAUCCCUUCAUGUGUGCUGUUUCAUGGCAGCUGGAAUGCAAAUUUGACAAUACUGUUCCAGACCUCAGGGCUUUCAUGUACCUCGAAAGCUUAAUUGACUGUGACCUUCACCAGUAUACUGAUAAAGCAGAAUAACUUACGUUUUAUCAUUCCUUUUCUACAGGCUAUCUGAAGGAAUCAGGUUUACUAAAUUUGUAAUAACAAACAUGUCAUUUUUAAAGGGUAAAAACUUUCUUUAUGAAGAUAAAGUUAUAGCUUGUGUGCAUGCUGCAGUAACUUUUUAAAAAGGAAUUAAUUGUGUCACUUUGUUCUAAAUGAGUAUUAGCUGCUUUUUGUUUAAUUUUAUAACGGGCUUAAUAUUUAUUGCCUGAUAAACUAAACCUAAACCAAUUAGGCUCCAAUUCAAGGCAAGAAAGCCAAAAGCUAGGAUGGAGCCAUAAUAAUAAUAACAACAACAACAACAAUAAUAAUAAUAAUAAUGGGAAAGCAGUAGUUGGCACAACUCUAGCCAAAAUCCUCUGCAGGAAAACAUUUGCCAAAUGUAUUGUGAACUCUUCUCCAUCAUUGUUAUAGCAUCAUUUUAUCAAAAGAGCUGUUCAUUAUCCCAUCUACUUUGACCUACUGCAGGAUAUUAGUUUUGCUAGGAUAAAUAGAGACGGCACUGUGGCAAGCUUCACACAUUAAUCACAUGAAAGAACUCUACUCGAUUAAAGGAGCAGCAGGCUGCACCACUGGGUGUACUCCCCCAGCAUCGCACGGCUUUCCUGCCCCAGACAUCCAGGCAUUGAGCAUAGACAUGUAAGUGGGGAAGGCUUCCCCCAUGCACACACCCAUGCACAGUGUGUGGAGGUCAAGGCGGGGAAGCUGCCCAAUUUGAGGAGCACAGCCAUUCUGCCACUUUAUUCUCACAAGGCCCCUUCACAUGACGAAUUCACAAACCAGGCUAUAAUGUGUGCAUAUUUUUGUUUUAAUUAGCCUCUGAUUCCUCAUGUUGAAAUGCUCUGAAAAUAGAGGCACACUCCAUAUGGAGAACAAAAUAGCCUUCUAUCUGUUCGCCUGAAGGGAAUAGUUGAAGAUAGGGGUUGUGGUGGGGAAGAGGUAACUGUCUUCAUAAAACCAUUUGGAUUGCUAUUUUCACUACUAGUUAAGUGGAAUUUCAGUUUUUUGCCCUGGGCUAUUAAAGAUUUUUUCAUGCACAGUGGAUGGGAAACGGGGUUUUUUGGAUGGCUCUUAACUCUUUCCUGCAGAACAAAUGUAAAUUCUUAAGACGCCACUUUUAGAUGUAGCAUUUAUAUUGCACUUUACCUAUUUUUAAGAAAGAGACUCAUGUUAGGAAAAAACCCACAGUGAUGCUUAUUAAAUAAGUAAUUCGAGAUCACCACAGACUUGAGGAGAGAGUUGUUUUAUUAAUCUUUCUGAAUGGGCAUGAAUCAUUUGUAAUGUCAGUCACAUCUGAGAACAUUGGCAGAGAUCUGGCAGCGUGGACUAGGGAUGGGCAAGAAUUUCGAUUCAGUCUGCAUUUUAAGCUGAAUCUAUCAAAUUCACAAUUUCCAAAAACAUAUGAGAACCAAAACACAGCCAUCCUUUGAAAUUCACACUUACUUGAAUUUUGCCGAGCAGUUUGGCAACCAUUGUUUAUAAAAAUGUAUAUAUUAGGGGAAAGUGUGCAUAAAAAUGAAUGUGUGAGUGAAAAUAACAUGCAAAAAAGCAUUAUAUGAUGGGAAAUGCUUUGCAAGAAUGUGUACCUUUGUCAAAACUGCCUAUAAAAAUGUGUUUAUCAGGAGAAAUUCACUCUAAAAUGCUGGAGAAUUCUUACGAGGGUUUUUUUAAAAAAAUUCACAGAUUGCUGCAGAAAUGUUGGGAACUGAACUUAAGACUGGAAAAAUGAGAAAUUGAGAGAACCAAUUGUUCCAUCCCUACCCCAGACACUGCUUGCUCAUGGUGUAAAACCAGUGUCUCAUCACUUGCUUAUGUAGAUAUAUCCACCUUAUCAGACUUCCACUGUGGAAUAAACUAGGACUAGAAUUUAAAAGUAUCUAAGUGUACUUAAAACAUCUGCCAAAGUGAUUACCAAUAUCAAGACAAAUUGCUGUUCUGCCCCCAAAAAGGCUUCAAUUAUACACUUUGGACAGCGGCCACUAACCUUUUUUGGGGGCCCACGGACUCAUUUAUAAAGUGAAGAAAUUGUUGUGGGCACCACCCACACACUACACUACAAUAGAAUGAUACUUUCAAGCCUUAUUUCAGCAAGAGGAGGGGUGGGUGCCUGUGGGCACUGCAUUGGUGACCUAUACAUCGGCAACCUCUGGCUUCAGCAUUUUGCUAACAGAGUGCAGUGCUCAGUACAGAAUCAGGUAACCAUCUCUCUCACACACACACAUCUUUGAGUAUAUUCCAAUAAGCAGGAUAAAUGCAUUUAAGCAAACCUGAAAUCAAAAGUGCGAUUUUCAGCCACUGGUUUAGUGGCAUGUUACAGCUAGGAAACCACUAGCUGUUUUCUAGAAUCGAUACUGGAUGUGUAAGAAUUUAAAAUAGCACAUUGAUGUGUCAUUGGUCAUAUAAUAAAGCAUUAAUUCAUGGUUCAUAACAUUGUAGUUUUUGAACUAGAUUUCAAGCAAUGGUACUGUCCUUGCAAGAAACAGUACAAUUUUCCACUGCUCCUUGCGCAACUGUAGUAGAGUCACCAAUCUCUUCACAUUGCCACCCACUAAAUCGUAUUAUUUAAUUUACAAGUGUAGCUUAGUAAGUCUUGGCAGUUUUGUCAUUUAUUAUCAGUGGUAGUAUAUUGAUUUCAGAAGGAAGAUCAGCCCAAGAAUACAAAACUGCCAUCUCAUAGCAGUUGCUAGAAGUUAGAAAUGCUUCAUUUCCAUUCAUUUUACAAAAUAGUAUACUUCCUUCAGUAUUGUAGGUGCAGAUUAUCUAAAAUACUUGAAGUGUGCUUGCUGUGUUCUCACUAUGCCUCAGUGUUGGCAUUUGCAUGUGAUAAAACUUCUUGUUAGAAUUGUUCUGUACAGCAGAAGCUGGGAUGUAAUUGUGAAAGAACUGUAGCUCAGUUGCAGAGCACUUAGUUUGCUCUGCAUGCAAAAGGUCUCUAGUUAAAUCCCCAGCACAAGGAUUGGAAAAAUGACUGUCUGAAACCUCAGAGAGCUGUUGCUACUCACUGUAGUUAAUGCUGAGCUAUAUGAACCAAUGAUCUGACUCAAUACAAGGCAGCUUCCUAUGUUUUUUGUCAUCAGUUACUCCUCCUCUCUUCUUUCCACUCCAUCCUCAAGUUGUCCAUGACUUCUUUAGGUUUCAAGUUCAUCCCAUACAUAAGUUGACAUGUUUGCUUUUAAGGUUUUGCAUGUUUUUACAGAAAGCUAAUGUGUUUCUCCCUAUCCAGUGCAUACUGCAAUGCACAUAGGGAGCUUCUCAAGGACACCCCAUUCACUUCAGGAAAGUAGCAGUUCCACAGGCACAUCUCCUUGCACAUGUCGAGCUGCCCUUCUAUUGAAGAAAACAUUUGUGGGGCGGAGAACUCCCUGUAUAUACCAACGAGCACUAGAUCAGGCUGUGAUAGAGUACAAGCAAGUCUAUUUACAAGCAAGAAGUAACAGUGAAUGCUCUUACAGGUUUUCUCUGUGUUUUCUCCAUAGCAUUUCCCAGGUCAGACAAGGCAAGCAGUUUUUCAGUUUGAAAAGUUGUGUAGCCUCCUCAGAAGUGGGAAUUACUUUUGAGAAAAAUUAAAGUCCCAACUAUAAUUUCUCUUACUUGCAUGCAAGUGACUUUGGUUCAAAGACCUGUUAAGUGGAGAUGUCCUUAAGCUAUACCUUAAAUGACAAAACAUUAAUUAUUCCGGUUAUGGAAAUUCUAAGUUUACUGUAAAAUUAAACAUUGAAACUCUUAGUAAACACAGUCUUUUAUGCAUUGAACAGCAAUAUUUCUUUAUACACGUUUACUGGACAAGAAACCUGGUCGCAAGAUUAAGUAUUCUAGUGUCCUAUUACCCUUUUGCUCUUUGCCAAAUCUACAGUUGAUUCUCCAAAAAAGCCUUGAAUUUCCUGCUGAAACUGCCUUAACUGAUCAAACUUGUUUAUUUAUUUAUUUGGCAACUUCAUGCUCAUCAAUGCAUUUUUUCUUAAGUGGCGAAUGUAGUUCUCCUGUAUCCUAACCUCAAAAGCUCUGAAAUGAACACCAAUAAUACAGUAGUGUUUAUUAUUUUGGGAGUGAAUCCAGUUUUUCUGUGUUAAGAAAUCUUUGUAUGUAUAUUUUGUAAAUCUAGCAGUAUGUUUUUUCUUCAGUGUGCACAACAAAACUGCAAAACACAUGACAACAGCUGUGUCCUUGAACUACCAUAACUUUGUAACAGAAAGACAUGAGAAAUCUCUUAAGUAAAAAUUGAGCUACUCCAUGUACUUUUAACACCCGUCAUUCAUUAGUUGGUAAAAGUGGAGGUGAGUGAGCUCUCUCAGGUUUACUGGGGAUUAAGUGAACCCUUACCUUCCCCAAAAACGUUUUCAGAGCCUAUCCAAGGGCUCAAAAAAGUGCUGCCCCUCCUGCCAGCUUUCACGAGUCAUAAAAGCCUUCGCUGCUAGCUGCAUUUCCCAAAACUGACUCCCUUUUUACCCUCAGCUCUUGAGAGAAAUAACAUCUCUCAUGGUUCCCUGGACUUUCUCAGGAUGCUGGUAAUCACUGCAUCAGGGGAACAGAGAGAAAGGAAAGGAAGGACGGGGAGAAAAAACCCUAUAUCCUACUGCUUCCCAUUUGAAAUAUGAGUGGGGGGGUAGUUUUGAAGAAUGGGGGCUGGUAGAAAGGGUUUGGGGGAUGCAGGAACUGGCAAGGAUGGGCAAGAAGAAGCCCUGAAUUCUUCUGCCUCAGAUUUUAGUUUGUCAUACUAAAAUGUCAGGGCUUGUAAAGCUCACUUCUCUGAGGCAGACUUUUACAGGUUCCAAAUAUCAUUUCCAAGUCCAGAGUCAGAACUGGCAUCCCUAUUCAGACACAAUAUUUCACACAAAUAGAACUCAAACAUGCUUUCAAGUUGGAGUUCACUUUAUAGGAAAGCAAGUCAGGAUUAUCUUUAAAUGAUCAAUGUUUUGCGUAUAACAGUGUUUGGGGGAAGGCACAAUCCCCUGCCCUUUUGGUUUUGUUAUUUAAGCAGAAAAUGAAGGCUGCAGUUUCAUUUACUAUCUCUGUGUUAACUUUAUUUCCUUUUAUUGUACCACACUGCAUGUGAUAAUUACUCCAUGGUUGGCAUCUGCACUUUAAUAAAUAGAUGAUAUUCUUACAA